AUGAAUAGUGAAGACAAGUUGCAUGCUCUUCUACCAUUUAAUGUAAGUCAAUCAUCUGUAACACUGCGCAAGAACAGAACUUUUACUAUUCCUCGUUGUAAAACAAACAGAUUUCGUGACUCCUUCAUUAAUGGCAGUGCUCGCCAUUAUAAUUCAAUGAAUUGACUCAUUGUAUUGUCUACUAAUUUGUAAUAUAGUAAUUUAGUGUGUUUUAACUUGCUUUUAAAAUUGUAAAACUUCUGCAAUUCAGUGUAUGCUGCCAUGGAAGUUCAAAUAAACUAUCUAUCUAUCUGUGUAGACCAUGCUAACUGUGCAUGAUCUUGAUAUUUGUGGGAUACUCUAUGAUAUUUUUAUUGAUGAAAUUACUUGAGGACCAUGAAAUUAAUUGUUUCAAUAAUAUUAUAACUUUGAAGAUCCUGCAACAAGCCUUCAAAUGCAGGACACUUAAUUUGAUAAAUUGUCACAAAUUUAUGGUGACCAGGUGAUAUAGAAUGCCGGAUUGUAAGUUACACACUACCUGUGAGAUAUUGUUUAUUAUUAAUAGACAUUUAUAAAUAGGACAAUACGUACGCGUCAUAAGGGACGUGGACUAUAAAACAAUAGGGCUUUGUUUGUGGGAUUUUGUUGAAGAAUUGAACUAAUGAACAAGAGUCUAGAUUCGAAUUGAUGUUAUGAGAAAAUCUUAAUAUGGAGUAAAAUACAACUAAUUGAGUAGUCUAAAAUAUAUUACAUAGUCCUUCAGAGCCGGAUUAAAUUGAGGAUAAAAUGAGUAAUAUCUAGAAGAAAAUAAAGAUACGGCAGGGUCACAGAGCUUAUCUUACGAAGAUUCUGGGAAAUUCCGAUUAUAUUGUUCAGAACUGCGAUGGAAAUCAAGAGAAGAAACUAAAGCAAAUCAGGAUCACUCUAAAAGAACGAUUGGACACUUUAAAGACCCUUGACGAAGAGAUUCUAGAGCUUAUCGAAGCUGACGAGGAAAUAUCUACCGAGAUCGAAGAAGCAGGAAAAUAUCGCGAGAGUGUACACGAAAUGAUUGUAAAUAUCGACAGUGUGCUCGAGGCCAAACCGAUUAAUGAAACUAUGUCUAUGAGUAUGAGCGAGUCACAGCAACUAUCUACACCAGGACAUUAUCAACCGACAAUAAAACAUGCGAAGUUGCCAAAACUUACUCCAAAACAAUUUGAUGGACAGCCAUGCGAAUGGCAAGCAUUUUGGGACAGUUUUAAGUGCGCAAUACUUGACAAUCCGGAGGUUUAGCCGACGUGGAUAAAUUCAAUUACUUAAAAAAUUUACUGGAAAAGUCCGCAGCAGCCACGAUCGAGGGUUUAUCGUUGACAGAGAGUAACUUCGGAGACAAACAAGUGGUCAUUACUAGCCAUAUGGAUAGUUUAUUAAAACUCCUACAACCACGUUUAUCUACCGAUACGAAAGGUUUACGGCGUCUUUACGAUAAAAUCGAAGCACACGUGAGAGGGCUAAAAUCGUUAGACGUGCCAGACACGGAAUACGGAGCGUUGUUAUUAUACCCGACGAAAUACGCAUUUUACUCGGUCGCAAAAUGACAGGCGAAAAAUGGAAUUUUAAUUAUUAUUAUUAUUAUUAUUACAACAUCUUUAUACACGGUAACUAAUCAACCAUAUUACCUAUCAGUAUUUAAAAAAAUUAUAAAGGUUGUUUUUCAUUAGGCCGUGUUAUUAAAUACAAAUUAAAACUCAAAAUACUAUUAUAUAAACUAUUAUAAAAAUAUUAAAAGAUACUAAGAAAUGUUUGGGUCGAAGCUAUACGUUAAAUACCGGGUGUCCCAAAAAAAAGUACUCCGGUUUCAUUCGUAAUAACUUCUAAACAAUAUACCUUUUAAAGAGAAAUAACUUGCAUCAAAUAGAGGAAGGACUAACUUAGACUUUGAUAUAUUACAGUUGUAUUCCCCUUAAAAAUUGACGGAGAUAUUAAUGUUUAAAAUCGGGAGCAUAUUUCUGGAUGUGUCUGAAAUAUGCAAAAAACGGCGUAUCAAAUAUUAAUCAAGAUUUGCACGACUGAAACAUGCACGAUUACCAGUAAAUAAAUGACACUUGACAAAUUGUUUAUUAUGAAACAAAGUCUGUAUUAUUAUCUACAAAAUACAAGCAAGAUUUAUUCGUCCGAAAUCUGUGUGUGUUCCUAGCACGAAUAUAUACGUUUCCUUAUUUCAUGAGACCACUGCAUCGCGAAAGAUCGUCAUGGAUCGUUCGUAGUUCUGAAUUAGGGCAUGCUGUCACAAUAGAAUUGUGAAGCUCUUCUAACUUCUGCAAUGUUCUGAAAUCUUGUUAAGAACACUCAAACUAAUUUGCCUUUUCUUAAUCUUUUUAAGUUCAGAAUAAACUAAGAAUGACUGAAUGAAACACAAUCAAACCAUACAACUCCAUAAGACAUAACGAUUAAGCAUGCAACUCCCUGGAGACAUUCAACAUUUUUGGAACAAAACGUAACAAAAUAAUAGCGUUGAUGCUGUGAUGUGUAUUUGCAAAAAGCAAUAUUAUUUCCUUCAUUGCAAAAUAAUAUUCAUCCUCUCUAACCGAGAAAUAAUCAACUCUGUUUUGAACCCAUGAAAAACAUAAAAAAAUAGGCUAAGAAAAAUUUAAGCGCCUGCCAUGCAUGGUCUUUCAUGUAUACCUUAUAAAUUUGUAAAGUUUGUAAAGACCUAUUAAAUACUUGCAUAAUUUCGUACGUUCAUAUUUCAGGAAACAAUGAGAUAAGACAUAGCUUACGUGUAAGAAGUCUAAAUCUACGCCAUAUCCCUUACAAACCCUAACGAAAAUUCGCUGAAAUACAAGUUAGCCUGAUAUGUCAUCAAGCAAACAAACGCUGAAGUUAAUAUUUGAUACCGCUAAUUAUUCGCUAAUUUCGCUAUUCGAUAUUCGCUAAUUUUAGACACAUCCCAAAAUAUGCUUCUGAUUUUGAACAUUAAUACCUCCGUGAAUUUUUAAGUAAAAUACGACUGUAAUAUAUCAAAAUCUAAGUUAGUCCUUCCUCUAUUUAAUGCAAGUUAUUUCUGUUUGAUAGCUUUACUUGUUUAGAAGUUAGUAUAAAUCAAACCGGAGUACUUUUUUUUGAGACACCCGGUAUAUAUAUUACAAAUGAAUUAAGUAGAUUUAAAAGUUUUACUAUUAUAGUUCCAGUCUUUAGCAGCAGCAUAUCCGAAUGUCCUUUUCAUUGAAUUUGUUUUAGGCUUCGACAACAUCAGCAUCUUGUUAUUACUUCUUAAAUUAUAUUUAUCAGAAUUUGAGAUUUUAAACAUAGUUGAAACGUUUUCAGGACAUUGGUUUGAAAGGGCUUUGGUGGCAUAUGCUAAUUUUUGCUCCUUUCUUCUCUCUUCGAGUGUUCUCGAAUUUAAUUUCUUUAAAAUAUCCGUGGAGCGAAUUUCAUAGGUAUCACCUGUGAUUACUCUAGCUGCACGGUUUUGUAGUCUCUGUAGCUUUUCUUUUGAACCUUCGCCACAGUUUCCCCAAACCAUGGAGCAGUAAUCAAAACUCGGUUGCACUAAAGCCUGAUAAAUAUAUUUAAGAGUUUCAAGAGAGACAAAUGGCUUGCACGGCGCAGCAUACCGAUGCCCUUCAAUACCUUUUUACUGAUGUUGUCGAUUUGCUCAUUCCAACAUAGAUUGUCAUCAAUCAGUACACCUAAAGUCUUUUUGGAAUAAACCUGUUUCAAUAGUUUCCCCCGCAUGAUACGCUAGUAUUUUUUUGAAUUUUAGCUAGUCUUUGACGGGUUCCAAUGAUCAUGUAUUCUGUUUUUUCAAUGUUUAAAGUUAGCUUGUUUGGAAGAAGCCACUGGUGAAUAUUUUUCAUUUCAGAAUUUAGUGCUUCCUCCAAAUUAUUAAUGCUAUCUGAACAUACUGUAAGAUUUGUAUCAUCUGCAUACAUUGCCGGAGAGGAUUUAUCCAAGCAAUUUGGCAGGUCUUUGACGUAUAAUAAAAACAAAAGGGGACCAAGGUUAUAUCCCUGGGGAACCCCACAACGUAUUUUCCUGGUGGAUGAUGUUGCACUGUUCACCCAGCAGUAUUGCGUUCUGUUAUGCAAAUAAGAUUUAAACCAAUCUAUGGCCUUAUUUUGGAUUCCAUAGAUAGAUAAUUUACUUAGGAGAAUUCCGUGAUCAACUGUAUCAAAUGCUUUACAUAAGUCCAGAAAAGGUACUCCGUUUAUCAUCCCAGCAUCCAUGUUAAGUAACCAUGAAUCCGUAUUUGCUAAAAGGGCUGAUGCGGUGGAAUAAUUUUUACGGAAACCAGACUGACACGAACUCAGAAUAUUAUUUUCAGUUAAAAAUGAAUUGAGCCGUGUACAGACAAGUUUCUCAAAUAACUUAGCAAUAAUCGAAAGAAUGGAAAUCGGUCUAUAAUUGCCUCGAUUUUUUUUGUCACCAGAUUUAUGAACUGGAGAAAUUCUUGCAGUCUUAAGAUCAUCAGGGAAAAUUCCAUGUUUGAGUGAAGUAUUAAAAAUAAAUACUAAAAAAGGCAAAAGUUCUUUCUUUCAAAAGUUUGGCUGGGAUAUUAUCAUGUCCAGUUGACUUAGACGUCUUUAAUUUCUCCAGUGCAUUUAACACUUCAUUGAUAUUAAUGUUUUCGAAAUUGAACUUAUGUUGAGUAUUAAAUUUCAUAUAACGUUUAAAAUCUGUGUUAGUUUCCGUGAUCUGGUUCGACAGAUUUGGUCCUAUAUCAGUAAAAUAUUCAUUGAACAAAUCAGCUAUAGUUUCAUUUUCAGUAAUAACCUGUUCGUCUAUUUGUAGUAAUGAUAUAUUUGUUGAUCUAGAAUUUUUAUUAACUAACUGAUUAAUAUGUUUCCACAUUUGCUUUGUAUUAUUUCUGUUUCUGUCAACACAGUUUGUGUAAUAAUCUCGCUUUGCAUACAUAAUUUUUUUGUUAAUCUCAUUGCGAAGACUUUUGUAAGCAUUGUGGCAUGCAGUUGAGUUUGUGUUAAUAGCUUUUUUCUUGAGAUAAUCUCGGCGAUUCAUACUUUUCUUAAUUGCAUCAGUCAGCCACGGUGCCAUUCUGUUUCUAACUUUACGGCUUUGAAGUGGAGCAUGAAUGUCAGCAACAUAAUUGAAUGUUGUUUGAAAGUUCUCCCAAAGCAUAUUUGGAUCAUUUAUCUCCCAAUUUAAAUUAGAUAAAGCAUGGUAUAAGUCUUGGUUAAAGUCUCGCUGUAUGUAGUUUUUAAAAUUUCUUGACUCAACAAAUUUGGGAUCAUUUUUUACAAACGAAUUUUUUCUACAAACGUAGAUCAAGCUAUGGUCACUUAUUCCAACAUGCAAUACUCCUGAGUGCGAAAUCUUUUCAGGAUUGUUUACAAGAGCGACAUCCAAAAGAGAAGCUGUUUUUUCGGUAAUUCGUGUAGGCUGGUCAAUCAACUGUGUCAGCUGGAAUAUAUUAACUAUAUCAUUAAAACGUUUAGUGUCAUGAUUGCUUAAAUUGUUGGAUAAAAAACCACAAUUUAAAUCGCCCACGAUAAUUAGUUCUUUAUGUUCGUUGUCAAGGUUUUGAAAUAAUACUUCAAUUUUAUCAAGGAAUUCAAUUUGCGAAUUCGGUGGCCUAUAUGCAGAUGCAACUAAGAGAGGUUUAGAAUUAGGCUUAAUAAUUUCGAGGCAAACAGCCUCGACGUCCUCUGGGACUAAAUCAUCUCUAUCAAUUAUGUUCAAAAUACUGCGAUGGUAAAUUGCAACACCGCCUCCUUGCCGAUUACGAUUUUUGGCAACCAUGUCGUAACCGGGUAUACUAACAGUAUCUGUACUAAUUGUUUCAUCCAAACGAGUUUCGUUAAUGCUCAAAACAUCCAGUGGUUCUUUUUCCAAAUAUAUUUUUAAUUCAUCAACAUGCUUGACUAACGAAGCGAUGUUUAAAUGCCCAACUCUAAAUCCUUUCAAAGAUUGUAAAAAUGUAAUGCUAUUUUCACACUUUGUUUGUGGAAUAAUCUUCUCAAUGGAGCAACUUGGCUCUUUUGGUUCAGUGUCGGAAAUUUUGCUGUAAAGAGUUGGAACUUUACCUAGGCUAAAAAUUAUGUAAAUAACUAAUAAAGUUUUUAGCUAAAGUAGAAGAUCCUAACUUAUUCAGAUGCAAUUUGGAUCUGUUAAGCGACUUACUGAGGAUAUUGUUGUUAUGUAUAAUUAAAUUUAAAUUAGUCGCAGUACACUUGAGAAUUUUUGCGAGGAAUUGGAAAACCGGGAAAGAUGCGAAAGAAUUCAAGGAACAACGAGGAGGGAGAAAAUAUUCGAACACGCCAUUUACGGCAGCAGCGCUAAUGACGGUAAGACAACUAUUAACUAUUCGUGUUGUGAACGGUUAAAUUGUUGCCGCUAUUUUUGUCAUAGCGAACAAUAUGUCAGACAUGCGCAGAGGAGACGCUUUUUGUUGGUUUCAUAAAUCGAAUCGAAAAACACGUUUAUAACGACUUUCAACUUAUAUUUUAUAGUUUAUAGUUUAGAAAUAAAGUUUAUAUUACAUUUAACUGCGACGUGCAGUAUAUAUAUGGCGCCCAACGUAAGGCAUUUUAACCGAAGAAACAACGUUUAAUUUAUAUUUUGACGACAAAAUAUGAGCGAGACCAUUGGGCGAAAACGUGCAAUUCGCUCUGCGAAUCGAAGGGUCCUUACGAAGUAUAUGAACGAAUCGAUAAAGCAUAUGAAUGGAGACAUAGAUCAAUCUAAACUAGAUCGUUUAACAACGCUGGACAAGCUCCUCAACGAAAAAUUAGCUUUAGUAAAAAAGCUUGACGACGAAAUUCUAGAAGAAUGCGACAUAAAAGACAUUGAAAAAGAUAUCGAAGAAUCUGAGGAAAUAACGUCGAGAGUUUACGAAAUCAAGAAUAAAAUCGAGAAAUUAUGUGCAAAAGAACACCAAGUACAAUCGAGAAGUGUGGCACAUCAAAACACGACGAUUAGUGAGCCUUUGAACAGUCAGCCGUCGUUGGCGGAAAUUUCGACCGAAUCUGUUAGUGAAUCAUAUCAAGUAUCUAUGGCCCAAUUUGUACGAUAAAGUCAGUGUAAAUGUUACGGGGCUAGAAGCUAUUGGAGUCAAGGCAGAACAGUAUGGAAGUUUGCUUAUCCCAGUAAUUAUGUCAAAGUUGCCAUCUGAUGUUAGAAUCCAAAUCGCCCGAAAUACUACGAAAGAUGUGUGGGAUAUUCGAGAGCUCUUAGAUGUCAUUCAGAAGGAAGUGGAAGCACGAGAAGUGUGUGAGAAUAUCAAAACACACUCUGACAAUCAGAACAAAAAACCUAAUGCCCCAGUCCCUCGAGGUCUGGGAUCGGCUUCAGCUCUACUUGCCUCGGGAUCUGGUGUGACAAAUCAAUUUUCCAUUCGAUGUACAUUUUGCCAAAAACCUCAUUACUCAGCUUUGUGUGAAGAUGUUUGUGAUGUCAACAAAAGAAAAGAAAUUCUUAAACGAGAUGGUCGCUGUUUUGUCUGUUUGCGUAAGGGACACAUAAUGAAACAAUGUGACAAAAGAUGUAAAAAGUGUCAAGGGCUUCACCAUCAAUCAAUAUGCAAAGGUCAAGAUCAUCCAAAGGAACUUUCGAAGAAACAAGAGAUUCCCAAGAGCCCUGUCAAGGCAGACCCAGUCGGACCAACAGUGGCGACAUCAACAGUAAACCAGCAUUCAACAACUCAUGGGAAGAAGGUACUCCUACAGACUGCAACGACGUUCGCCUUUAGUCAUGACUAAAGUGAACUUGUUCCUGUUAGAAUAUUACUCGAUAGCGGUAGCCAGCGCUCGUAUGUUACCGAACAAUUAAAGGAGAAACUUGGCUUGGACAGUUUGCGAACUGAGACCCUAAACCUUAAUACAUUUGGAGACGAUCGAGUAACCAAGCAACGCUGCCAAGAAGUAAAGAUAAAGCUUGAAGCACGACCCGAAAACUUUGAAAUCUCUGCUCUUACCUUUUCAAAGAUAUGCUCGCCCCUAUCGAUGAAGUUAGAUGUGGAAGCCCAUCCACAUAUACAUGGCUUGCCACUUGCAGAUUCCAGUCUUACUAAGGAUGUUCCAACAAACAUUGACAUUUUGAUUGGGUCUGAUCAUUAUUUCGAUGUUGUCACGGAUGAAAUUCGUCGAGGCCAAAGAUGUCCAGUAGCUAUCAACACUAUCUUUGGUUGGGUAAUCUCUGGUCCAACACAGAAUGCAGACAAAUAUAAUUCAUCAUCUACCAAUCUCAUCAUUUUGCGAGAAAAUUCGGAUCCAAUGAAGAAUAGUUUUGCUUUUGAAGACAAGAAUCAAGACUUAACAAACGAACUGCGUAGAUUUUGGGAUACUGAAUCUCUUGGGAUCCAGGACGAGAAGAUGGGGAAUGAUAAUUUCCUCAACGAGUUAAUAUACCACAACGAUGAGAAACGCUACGAAGUAAACCUGCCAUGGAAAUCCGAAUCUCAUCCUGCAUCAAAUGGAUAUACAUGUCGUGUGCGAAUCGCCUAAGACAACUCCACAAGCGUCUUAAGGAAAAGAAAGAUAAAGAUCUGCUCCAAGAGUAUGAUAAGAUUAUUCAACAACAAAUAACUUCUGGCAUUAUUGAACCAGUGCCUGAAGAGUAUGAUACUGAUGAAGAAGCUUACUAUUUACCACAUCACAGUGUUGUUCGGCAAGAUAAAGAAACUACCAAGUUGCGUGUGGUAUUUGAUGGUUCAGCAAAACCCGAUAACAGCAGUGUUUCCAUCAACGACUGUCUAGAAAAAGGCCCCAACCUGGUUCCGUACCUAUUCGAUGUGAUCAUCAAUUUCAGAGGAUACCCAAUCGGCAUGGUCGCAGACAUUGAAAAGGCAUUCCACCAAGUAAAAUUGCACCAGUUGUUGCACAUCUAAAUGGUUAGAUUCCUAUGGUUUGAUGAUCCAAGCAAAGAAAGACCCGAAAUUCGAAAGUACCAAUUCUGUCCAUUAGUGUUUGGCCUAGUCUCAAGUCCUGCCAUUCUAACGUCCGUACUGCAGCACCAUCUCGCUGUAAAUGAAGAAAAGGAACCCAAAAUGGUGUCCUUGUUGCGGAAAUCAUUUUAUGUAGAUGAUUUCGCUGGUGGUGCUUUCGACGAUAAUGAAGCAGGUGAAGUCUACGAGAAAUCCCAGACGUUAAUGAAUUCGGAGGGUUUUACCUUACGAAAAUGACAUACGAAUUCUAAACACUUGCAAGAAAAGAUAGCAACAGAUAGAGCUGAAAACCAACACAAAAGCAACGAUAAAGCAAAUAAUAUCCCCGGGAGUGAUCAGGAAUGCAAAACAAGAAACGACCCAGUAAAGGUUCUGGGAAUACCCUGGAAUGUUGACGAGGACACACUUUUCCAUGACUACGUUAAAUGGUCGAAAGAUGCCACUACCCUACCUGCUACAAAGCGAUCAGUCCUUCGGCUCUCUGCCAAAAUUUUCGAUCCCAUCGGACUGUUAACCCCAUUCACAAUUAAAAUGAAAGUCUUCUUUCAAGAAUUAUGCUUAGCAAAGGUGAAUUGGGACAAUGAGUUAAAGGGAGAGCUACUGGGAAAAUGGAAAAGAUUGGUACAUAACUUAAACAGCUUGAAAGACAUCAAAGUUCCGAGAUGUUAUUUCACAAGAAAGGAAGAGCCCCCUGUGAAGCAUGAGUUACAUGGAUUCUUUGAUGCAUCCAACAAAGCAUUUGCAGCAGUUGUUUAUCUUCGGAAGGAACACGCAAAUGGCGAUAUUGAAAUUAAUCUAGUGGCGUCCAAGACACGAGUAGCUCCAAUAAAGCGUCAGUCUAUACCUCGUUUAGAGUUGCUUGGAGCAACUAUUUUAGUUAGACUUGUCAAAUCUGUCAAAGAAGCGAUGAGCUCUCUGAAAACGCCUCCUGAAGUGUUCUUGUGGAGCGAUUCUUACACCGUCUUGUGUUGGAUUCGUAAUGACAAAACAUGGAAGCCUUAUGUUCAAAACAGAGUGAAGGAAAUCAGGGAACUUUUCGACCGAGAGAAAUGGAGAUUUUGUCCGGGAGAGAUCAAUAUAGCCGAUCUACCCUCAAGAGGUUGUACACCACAAUGGCAUUCGAGACACUCUCAACUCGAUUCGUCAGAAAUAUUGGAUCCAACGAGGUAGAGAAGCAGUGAAGCGAAUAGUAAGAAGACGUGUCGUGUGCAGAAAGAUCGAAGCGAAACCUUUCCCAACGCCGAAAGCUCCGCAGCUCCCAGCGUGUCGAGUAAGCGAAGAACAACCCUUCUCUAAUACCGGUAUAGAUUUCGCUGGUCCAGUUUACGUAAAAAAUCGUCUGGAGCAAUUAACAGCAACGACCAAGACAAAGUAUACAUAGCGCUCUUUACCUGUGCAUCUACGGGGGCUUUGCAUUUAGAACUAGUAGAAAACAUGUCAGCAGCUACCUUUCUUCAAGCGUUUAGAUGUUUUCAAGUCGUAGAGGACUGCCAACGAAGGUCUUGACGGAUAAUGCAAAAACAUUUAAGUCGGCAUCAAAAGAAGUGAGGAUGAUUGGAGAAUCGAAAGAAGUAAAUCGUUAUUUUGUCAAUAGAAGAAUAACAUUGGAGUUUAUUGGAGUUCGGUGGAUUCUGGGAGAGGAUGGUGCGAAGUGUUAAACGUUGUCUAAAGAAAGCUAUCGGACGCGCUUCGUUAUCUUUUGGAGAACUACGUACGCACCCUACUAGUCGAGAUUGAAAGCACCCUUAAUAAUAGACCGUUGACGUUUAUGUAUGAUGACGUACAGGGAAUAUCGUACGCACUCCAAAUGACAAGCAUUACGAGAUUAUUUGCACAAAUCAGUCCCUCACCAGGCGAGCAAAGUACCAUCAACGCGUUUUAAACCAGUUUAUCAAACAAUGGAGAACAGAAUACUUGUUGAGUUUAAGAGAAUCGUUCAAAUCGAUUCGACCAAACAGUAAUGUGCAAAUAGCAGUUGGAGAUAUGGUAAUUUUACGGAAUGACAACACAUGACGCACGUUUUGGAAAUUGGCUAAAGUGGAAAUGUUGCUUCCCAGUAGCGAUAGCACAGUGCGGUCAGCUAAAGUUAUGGUUAACGGUGAAAGCGGUAAACGGAUCACAUUACGGCGACCAAUUACAGCAUUUGAUACCCCUCGAAGUAAAGGCAAGUGCGACGGAUGACAUCAAGGCAUAUGUGCAAAUAUUGCUCGGGAAAGCAUCAUGUUAGUCUGUGUAAUAAUUCGUGACAGUCCUUAGCAACAAAUUCGAGACAGUCCUUAGCAACGAAACAAGAAUUAAAUUCCAGACAGCAAUUAGGAAAUGUACAAGAUAGUCUAGCUAAAGAACAAACAACACAAUCAAUGGACACGAAAGACACAGGAAACACACGAAAGAGACCAGAAAUUAUCACGUAUGUUUACAAGAUUCCGUCUUAUAACAAACAGCCAAGGCGAAAGUUGGCGUUGGAAACAAGAAGUUAAGGACUGAGGUAAGAGUUAUUUUUUAUUCGGGCAGCCAGAGAAGUUAUUUAACCCAACGAGUGCGAAAUAAGUUGCAAUUGCCUACAGGAAAUACAGAGUCUUUACGAAUAAAAACAUUCGGGGAAUGCGAAACUGAACUAACUGCUUCUUGUGAGACAGUGAACUUAGCAGUUGGGGAUAUUACUGGUAGAACUAGAACACAACUCACAAGUAGAAGCAUUUGAUGUGCCAGUGAUUUGUGCACCACUAGGAAAUCAAGAAAUUGACCGAGCCCAAGUAGAGCACAAACAUUUGAGUGACUUAAACUUGGCCGAUAAUAAUGAAGGGGACGGUGUAGAAGAGAUAGAUUUGUUAAUCGGAGCGGAUCAAAUCG